AUGGCGCCACCACCAGCAUCAAAUGCCACAACCAUACUACCACCGCCACCAACACCACCACCAUCAUGUCACUACACAGAGCUGCAUCAGUUAACACCACCACCACUAACAUCAGCACCUCAGUCGUCACUACCACCAUCAUUGCUUCCAUCAACAUCAUCAGAUCAUCACGACCCACUACAUCACUGCCAUCGCUACCACCACAUCACCACCUUCCCCACGACCCACAACACCGUCAGCACCACCACCCACACCAUCACCAUCAAUGCGAUUUUCACCAUGUCACCACCAUCAGCAACGUCACCGGCACAAUCAUUACCACCACCACCACCAUCGAUGCCAUCAACACCAUCAAACCAUCACUGCUACGUCUCUGCCGUUGCCACCACCAAUGUCACCAAUGUCAGCACUACUGUUACAUUAUCAACAGCAUCACCUUUACCAUCAGAGACAGGGCCCCGUGGAGGCAGCAGGCAGGGUCUGGGCAGCGGGCAGUCCCCCCCCGACCCCUCCUGGGAGGCUGAGGACGAGUGCUGGGCGUGA